CAGGAAAUUGAAUUUAAUGAUACUUCAAGUGGUCAGAAUAAAGAGAAUGCUUUGGAAACAAUACAAACACAACAAUUACGUGCAUGUACAUCUCUUAUCAAUGGAAAAUAGAUCACUGGUUUGUCUAAGAGGAAGUUCAUGCUCUGCGUUUCAGCCAAUCACCAUGAUUUCCAUUUUGUAAAUGUUGAUCACCUUGUAACCAAACCUUCCAUCUGGGUGAGAAGACAUCAGUUGUGAAGACGAGAGCUGUACCACAAUGAUCCGACGACUGGCUGCUUUGAUUCUUCUUUCUGCAGUGUCUCUGAUUCAAACUGCAGAGGUUCCUCACCUGAUCUCUUUGACUUUGGUUGAACCUGGUGACAAUGUUACUUUUCAUUGUACAGUCUCUGAGAAUGACAGAUUCCUUCUCUGGUAUAAGCAGACUCUUGGACAUAUGGGCCAAACAGUCGCUUCUGGACUCGUUGGCAAAGUAACAGUCAGUGACCAAUUCAAAGAGUCUCGUUUCACUGUCGCAAAAGAUGGUGCUCAGUAUUCUCUCAUCAUCAGAAAUGUAAGCAAAGAAGAUGAAGCAACAUAUUUUUGUCAAAGUGGAGCAGCAUAUUCACAGACGUUCAUCAAUGGCACAUUCUUGGCUGUGAAUGACAACAAACAGCAGAAAUCAGUCUAUGUGAAACAAAGUCCGGAGACAGCAUCUGUCCAGCUGGGGGACGUACUGACUCUUCAAUGUUCACUGCUUUCCAAGAACACAACAGAAAACACAGAUCAGUGUCCAGGUGUAUGCAGUGUGUACUGGUUCAGAGCUGGAUCAGGAGGAUUUCAUCCAGGCAUCAUUUAUACUCACAGGAGUGAUGAACGUUUGGAGAGGAGCUGUGUCUACAGUCUGUCCAAAACUAUACAGGACUCCUCUGAUACUGGGACUUACUACUGUGCUGUGGUCACAUGUGGAGAGAUCCUGCUUGGUGAAGGAACUAAAGUGGACACAAGAUCAGGGUUGGAUCCAGUUGUCGUUCUACUUGGAGCGCUGUUGGCCUGCUGUGUGACUGUGAUUGCUGUCCUUAUUUUCUACAUUAAUGGGAGGAGAGUUUUUGAACAUUGCAAUGGAGGAGCAAGAGCUUCUCAUGAUCUUGGACAUGAAAAACCAACUGUGGAACAAUCAAACGACCUGGAUGGUCAAGCAAAGGCAGUGAAUUAUGCAGCGCUGGAUUUCUCCAACAUGAAAGUGAAAAGAGGGAAUAAAAUGAGGAGAGAGAACACAAAGUGUGUUUACUCUGAUGUUAGAUCAGAUUACCACACCAAGCAACACCCCUCUCUAUAG